UGACAACCCAUAUUGUGAGGGUUUUUUAUGCUCUUGAGACAGACAGACAGCUACAGCGAAAAAAAGAUCGCUCUAACCUUCUGCCAGACUUCUAGCUAAAUAAGCCUGCCCAUAUUCCUUUUUUAGUGUAUCUGAAGCUCCAAACUGAAAGUCUGAUAUGGAGGAGACUGCUACAACGGAGAAAGCCGAGGAGUUAAAAGCCUCUAGCGAGGCCAUCGCCUUUCUGUCCAGCAUAGGGGCUGCGGAGAUGCAGCGGUGUCUGUUUGAAGACUCUCUGGUGACAGUGUCCGAGGGGGGCAGAGAGCUGGGAGAGUUUAAGGUGACUGUGGAGAGGACCAGUUGCAGGGAGCAGCCUUGCCUACUGCUGCACGCACACAGCCAUGGAGCUAUUGACAACACUCCCUGUGGUACAGCCAUCACUGCCUACCUUUCUUUGAACCUGGAGACCCUGGAGCAAAACCACCACGAGUACGUCAAGCUUCAGGACCACCGAUUGGACAGGAGGUGUCACAUGGUCCAGCAUGAUGGACAGCUGGUGGUGAACAAAAUCACCACUGUGGGAGAGGAGAUAAGGAGGCAGACCUUGUCGUACCCUCUGUCCUCUGUGAAGGGGUUAGUGUCCGAGGGCUCUAACCUGCUGCUGCAGAGGAUAUUCGCUCUGAGGAAGAACGUCCCGGAAAACAUGACCUUCCUCUCCUUCGACCAGGACACACACAUAUCCACCUCCACAUACAGGGAGCUGGGGUGCAGGCAGCAGACGGUGGGAGAGGAGGUGGUGGAGGUGUUUGGGGUGGAGAGGACGGUCGUCUCGGUGGAGGACAUCCCAGCCAUGUGGCACUGCUACUUCCUGCCUGAAGGGCAUCUGGCUAGCCGAGUGCAGGUGGGCUCUCCUGUGACCAUGAGGCUCUUGCUACUCCCGCUCCAAACACACACAGAGGUGAGGGAUGAUAAGCCUGUGUUUGAGAAGAGGCCUCUGGUCUGGGAGGAGGACAUGCAGAUGUACUCCAUGUUCCUGGACAGAAAGGAGGAGUUGAAGGCGGAGCAUGCCUCGUACCUGCGGCAGCACCCGGAGCUCCGCACUAUGAUGGCCGACUUCCUGCAGUUUUUGUUACUACGGAAACCAAGUGACGUAUUUGUGUUUGCCCGCGAGUUCUUCUCCCCAUUCGCCUCCCUCCAACCCCCAGGGAGCACCUUCAACACCUCCUCACCCUGAGGAUGCACACUUGGGCUGCGUCUCAAUAGUAUAAAAUAGCUUCCUCUCCACUGAUCUGAGACACGUAUGGGAUAGUUGAAAGCACUGUGACGUAGGCUUGCAGUGCCUACUAGAGAUUUGAAUUCAGUUGUCCAAUUAUUUAUGUCAGUUCAGAUGGAGGAAAGGGAAUGAAGAGAAGAAGCCUCUUUUGAGAUUCAGCCCAGUUCUCUUUAAUAGGUUCUGUCUUUCAUAUUUUUUACUUUUUUUUACCCCUUUUUCUCCCCAAUUGGUAGUUACAGUCUUGUCCCAUCACUGCACCUCCUGUACAGACGAAGGUCGAGAGCCAUGUGUCCUCCGAAACACAACCCCGCAAAGCUGUACUGCUUCUUGACACAAUGCCCGCUUAACCUGGAAGCCAGCUGCACUAAUGUGUUGGAGGAAACCACGUACACCUGGCGACCGUGUCAACGUACAUGUGCCCGACCCGCCAUAGGAGUAACUAAAGCGUGAUGGGCAGCCAGCCAAACCCUCCACUAACCCAGACAACGCUGGGCCAAUUGUGCACAGCUUCACGGGUCUCUCGGUCGCAGCCAGGAAUCGAACCAGGAUCUGUAAUGACACAGCUAGCACUGCAAUGCAAAGCCUUAGACCGCUGGGAGGCCCUCCGUCUUUCAUCUCUUGAGGAACAACUGAACUAUUUAUUUGUGUUUUUUUCAUUAAGGCAGAGCAGUGGUUAUGAAGGAAAUAAGAUAAGGAAAGGGAGCCCUUGUAGAUUAUUGGGACAUAGAUAAGGAAUUCUAGGAGCUCAUUUUCAGCUGUGUGUGUGUGUGUUGUCAUUUUAAAUUUCAAUAAAGCGUAAUGUUUUAUUUAAG